AGAGUAGAUCUCCGACGAACUCGAAAGUGGCGCAGUCGCCUUGACAACGGCGGCGCCAUGUGCGUGUAUGUGCGCCCUUUCACGACGGCGUCGACGGACGGUGAAGAGACGGAAGAGGACAACGGUCACAGGAGCGAGUGAGACAGAUUACACCCUGCGCGAUGAUAGCAGGAGCGAGAGAGAGAGAGAGGAAGAAAGCGCGACAGCGCGCUUGACAGUGCCUAGCUAGACAGAAAAGGUGGAAUACAGGGGUUGGACGGUCGGUAGGACGCAAGGGGUGGCGCGCGAGAGAAAACCGCUAGCGUGUACCGCAGUACGGGAUAGUGAGCUGCGAGCUAGUCUUCCUUUCUCACGCUGUGAAAAAGCCACGAUCGGCUGAAACAAUACGACCGUUCAGCUGUUCGCUUUCCGCCAUUCUACAUAUCUUGCGAGGACAGAUAGUUUACGAAGGUGUUCGCUUUAGUCGUCGUUCUAGUUCAUGACAAGAUGUGUGUGAGGGAACAACGAUAAUUGUGGGAUUCACUCGAGAUUGUUCUCGAAGCUGCUCCAGAUCUCCUCUGGGUGUGAUCAAGACGUACCAGUUUUUGUACCAGUUGUCGCGACGUAUUUACCGAAUGUCAAGGACGAUGCGGCAUUUCGUCAUUGUACUUCGGCGCGACACCCGUUAGAUCCUAACUCUCGGUGGCGGUCGUGAAUCGGAGGGACCAGCAACUUUGGCUGGGCAUUGCGAGUGUCAGUAGGUCAGAGAUAUCUGGUAUCCUUUUUUCGAAAGCUUUGUUCUUAAGUCGUAAGUGCACCACUUGUCAUCGUAUCUCAAUCUCAUCGAAACGUGAACAAUGCAGGCACCUGUUCCCGAGUGUAGUGAAUCGGAGGACGACGAAGUGGAUAACGAUCCUCCCUUAACUGCUUUUAGAAGUGACAGUGGAACGAUAUCUUCGUGAGACGCUACCACCUGCGACAAGCGCACCACGGCUUAGUGGUAUUUAAUCGAGGACAUGAAGUUUCGAUACUCUUGUCAUUGAUGAAUUGUGAAGAAUAGCUUUGCUACAUGAAAACGGAUUGAACGUUUACUUACGAUAAAAAUUUGGUUGGCAUAUGAAAAAAAAUUUUUAAGUGGAUAUUUUCGACGUGUGAGAGUUUUAAGACAUUUUUCUGAAACGUGAAGAGACUCUACGGAAUAAAGCUGACAGAGAUAUUGUUAAAAAUAAAAUAUAAAUAACUUUUGUAUAAAUAACUUGUGCUUUUGUCAUUGACAAAUAGCAGAUUCUCAAGAGAACAAUUGGUUUUAUCGUACUUCAAACGAGAUGUAUGUUAUGACAUGAAGAAUCAUAUUUUGUUUCAACGUGAUCGAACGCAGUUUUUGUUGUUUAGAGAAGAAAACUCCUGUGCGCUGUUGUUAUUUUUGCCGCAUAUCCAGUUCAAGAUUUUAAAGGCAAAAAAGUGAAUACUCGCAUAUACGUAAAAUUUAAUCGUUAUCAGUAUAAAAUAUACUAUCAGUAUAUUUGACAAGAGUAGUUGUGAAAUAAUCAAAUCUGAAGCGCAAAUUAACACUUAAUAAUUUAAUAAUAAAUACAUUCUGUAGUUGAAGUGUACGAAAAGACAUGAUUGUUCCAGGAACUUGUUAAGUAAGAUAAAACUGAUGCAAUUCCAUCGAGAUGUUAAAGUUGAACUCGCCUAACUUGCAACCUUCGCGUUCUCGUUGUAGUUGUUGUGUUCGUUGACCGUGACCUUCGAUCACCAUGUGACGUCAUUCAGGUCAGACGGAAACGGUGUCGUGCAAACGAUGUAUCUUGAGACGCUUUUGUGACUGCCGUCGCGACAACAGUAGUUGCAAUCAAUCAGAAUGUUGUGCAUUCGCUACAUUGUUUUAUUAUCUCGAAUCUUCUAGCGAAACUCAUCAUAUAAAACAUACAUACUUUGCUCGAUGAAAAAGAUAGUAGUGGAAAGAUAAUUUAUUCGAAAAAAAUAAGGGGUGUUUUAUCUCGUUUUGGUAUUCCAAUACUUUUUAUGCGAGAUUCAGCUCUAGUGCGUGUGACUAUGAUCGUUAAUAAUUCAUAUAAAUAGUUUAUAAUGCAUGGAAAAUACGUAAAGUAAUAUAAGUUUAAAAUAAACGUUGCUUUACUUUGAUAAAAAAGUGAUCGAGCAAAUGGAGAGUACCAGAAAACUAUUUUAACUUUCAACUCUCACUCAAAAGAUAAAAAAGUGUGAAAUUUAACAUCUCACAGAAUGCUUUAACGUAAAUGUAUUUUCAUUUGGUGAGUGACAGAGAAGUGCAAAUCAAUACAAAACGAUUCCUAAGGAAUUAUCGAAUAUACUUUUCCGUAGUUGCGCAAGGUGCGUUAAUGUUUCAUCCUGUUUCCACUGUUACUAACAAUCAAUCGUUAUUGUUGUGUUGAAAGGAUAGCGUUUAACGUGAGUGUCACUUGAUAUCAAAUGUAAUAAUGCAAGAAAGCGAACUUUAUGAAACUCUACGCUAAUCGAAGUUUGACAAUGGUUGAACAAGAAACGGAAAUAUCAAGUUACUCUUUGCUGUCGAUCGUUAUUAUCAUAUAAGCUGCGCUUUUUGAUGCAUUUUCGGUGAUCAACAGUAGCCGACGCAAAUUGUUAUCCUACAUAAUCAACAAAAGAAAUAAAUAUCGUCGACGAUAUUAUAUUAAAACGUUAGUUACAUGAGAUUUGUAACUCAUUAGAACUUAGGAUUUUGAGAAACUGCUUUUAAAAUCUAAAUCUUUAUUGUGAACGCUUGUUGUGAGAUUCAAUAAAUUAGUAUUGGAGAAAUUAAUGCUCAGCGCUACAAAGUGCGCUAUAAAGUUUUUCGGAAUUUUUAUGAAUGUUGUUAAUGGUAUUAAGGGCUUAUUAGUUGAAAUAAUAUCAACUAGAGUAGUUUGUGCAAUAGCUUACAAUAUUCUCAAGGCAGAAAAUACUUUAGUUGGCAAUAAUUAUCCACAAGGCAAAAAAUAAAUUGAACUACCUCACAAAGCUACCGCAUCAGCAACUAUCGUCUUCCAUCUUAUUUUGAGAGAAAAGGGCAAUUGAGAAGCAGACAUUUCUGUCAGUUUGAAGAACCAGAACUUACAUACUUCUUCGGUGGAUUGAAUACAAGAUCAGAAUUAUUCAGAUCACUUGAGAGCCCUUUUCACGCACGGAAUACAUCUCCCAAGAUUACCCUAGCUUUUCCUUUUAACAUACUUUUGCCAAGUGUUUCUAGUUACUCUUGUAAGAAACACAAUACUUGGCUAGAACGUAAUCAACUUUUAUAAAUAGCGAAACAACUUCAAGUAGACGAUCGCAUUUUCUCCACAAUUUCGUUCUCUGCUAUAUCAAGAAAACAGUUCUAGUCGAAUCUUCUUUUGAAGCAUUUUUAAAAACCGGAAACAGAAGAACUUUGCUAAUUUAUCAUAAAGUUUGGGUACGAAUGUUGGAUCUUCGUCAGUGAUUUCUCUUUAAACUUGAUUCUAAUAAUUAAAAAGAAAUAAUGAGUGUACAAAAUACACUUAUAAUAUACUGAAACUAUGCUCAUGCAAGAUUAAUGGAUUAUUCAGAAUAUAAAUAGAAAGAUGCUAUAAAGUUAUUUACGAUGUAGCAUUCGCAAAAUGAAGCAACAACAUUACAACAAUCAUAGAAGAGGCGGACAAAAAUUCUAAAUCUUUUAUAACAAGCCAAGCAUCACUACACGUUAGUGGAUAUCAUUUUCUUAUGAUGUUUGUUCAAGAUUUGUCAACUUUUUCUCUCCGUCGAUCAAUUAUGUAUUUGUUCGAAUUUGUUGCCUGGUCGACCAAUUAUAAUUAUUCAGCUAAAUGAUUGGAGAAAAUUUAUGGCAAUGUGGUCGAAGGAACGAUGUGGCCGGACGUCACCGGUAAAUCUCACACGUCCUGCGAUCAUUUCAAAGUGAAGCUGCCGGCAGCGAAGGAAGAGAAGAAGGACAAGGAGAACGAGUCGGCGUGCUGUAAGAUCUUCACCCUGUUUCAUUAUCGUAAGCCUCGGGAACCGCUUCGUGGUUCCGCCAGCUCAGCCUCGUCGGUGCCCCUGCUCGAUAUGGGCGCCAGAGCAUGGGACUACGAGGCACUGCCGGAACUUCACACCUCGACAGCGGUCACGCCGACCUCGUCGCCACCGAGCGCGUCCCAGCAGAAAACGCCUAAAGUGUAUUUUCAAGCAGAAAAUCUGGCGUCCACUAGACGAAGAAGCAGCAAUAGGCUGUUGGCGCCCCAGCAGUCUUGCAGGAGACGUAGUCGGAGCAUGAGCGCUUGGAGUGACCUAUCCAGGUCGUCUUUCAGAUUGGAGGAAAGAGUUCGUGUUGAGUAUUAUGUGAACGAGAACACAUUCAAGGAACGACUGCAAUUGUACUUCAUUAAGAAUCAACGUUCCAGCUUGAGGAUACGACUUGCCAAUCUUUUCUUCAAGCUCUUAACAUGCUUCCUGUACAUAUUCAGGGUUAUUACCGACAGCGAUCCAACAUACGCAGCAUGUUAUGGUUGCCAACCCGGGAACAAGAGCGAGUUUCUCGCGUCGCAGAACUUGACAGAGGAGGAGUUCCAGGAACACCCGACCAUCAAUUGGGAUGCGAUCCUGUGGGUCAGAAGACCCUUAGAGUUGUGGGUUGUUCAAGUUAUCUUGGCUAUGGUGUCGUUAACCGAGGCUUUGCUGCUUGCCUAUCUCGGUUACAAGGGAAAUGUCUGGCAACAGCUCCUAUCCUUCCAUUUCAUUCUGGAAUUAGUCAACACGAUCCCGUUCACAAUCACGUUACUAUAUCCACCAAUGAGAAAUCUCUUCAUUCCGGUGUUCCUAAAUUGCUGGUUGGCAAAGCACUCUUUGGAAAACAUGUUCAACGAUCUACACCGAGCAAUGCAAAAGUCCCAAUCGGCAUUAAGUCAACAGUUGAUGAUUCUUAGUGCUACGUUACUGUGCCUUGUCUUUACUAGCGUAUGCGGGAUCCAACACUUCCAGAGAGCGGGGCACAGGCAUUUGAAUCUAUUUCAAAGUACGUACUACGUUGUAGUAACGUUCUCCACUGUAGGCUACGGAGAUUUCGUGCCGGACAUUUGGCCUUCGCAACUUUACAUGGUCAUUAUGAUCUGCGUGGCUCUCAUAGUGUUACCAACACAGUUCGAACAGUUAGCUUUCACGUGGAUGGAGCGACAGAAGCUAGGCGGCUCGUAUUCGUCACACAGAGCGCAAAGUGAGAAGCACGUGGUAGUCUGCAGUACGACGCUACAAGCCGACACCAUUAUGGACUUUCUAAAUGAGUUUUACGCCCAUCCCUUGCUGCAGGACUAUUAUGUGGUGCUUUUGUCACCGAUGGAACUCGAUACCACAAUGCGGAUGAUCCUGCAAGUGCCGAUCUGGGCACAGAGGGUGAUCUAUAUACAGGGCUCGUGUCUAAAGGAUGGCGAUCUUGCGAGAGCCAGGAUGAACGAGGCGGAAGCUUGUUUCGUGUUGGCAGCGAGAAAUUAUGCUGACAAAACCGCUGCUGAUGAGCACACGAUACUCAGAUCGUGGGCUGUGAAAGAUUUUGCGCCCAACGUUCCUCAAUAUGUUCAAAUCUUCCGUCCGGAAAACAAACUCCACGUGAAAUUCGCGGAGCACGUGGUAUGCGAGGAUGAAUUUAAAUACGCCCUUUUGGCAAAUAAUUGCACGUGUCCCGGCGCAUCGACAUUGGUUACUCUAUUGCUACACACAUCCAGAGGACAAGAAGGUCAACAGUCACAGGAAGAAUGGCACAGACUGUAUGGUAAAUGUUCCGGCAACGAGAUUUAUCACAUAAUUCUCGGUGACUCUCGCUUUUUCGGGGAAUACGAGGGAAAAUCCUUCACCUACGCGUCCUUCCACAGCCACCGGAAAUACGGGGUCGCGCUUGUCGCAGUCAGACCGGCGGAACUUCCGGAAUUUUACGAAGACACUAUCCUGUUGAAUCCUGGGCCACGCCAUAUAAUGAAGAAGACCGAUACUUGCUACUACAUGAGCAUCACCAAGGAGGAAAAUUCCGCAUUCGUGGUUGCGAAUAAUCAGGGUAUCAUUGGCGAAGGAACGCAGGUGAUCGUCGAGACGAAGACAGACGCGAUGUCUGCGAAUAACGAGUCAACAACGAGCACCCCGACGACCAACGCUAUAACGGCGACCAUGAAUUCCACAGGGGCAACAUUGGCGACGACAACGACGACGACUACCACGACGAUAUCGACCAGCUGCACCGGUGGCGGCGACGGGAACGGUACAGCAAUCAGCAACGGUGCCGACGCGCACCGACGAUUUUCCAACAGUUGUAACAUUGCGCUGACAAGCGAAACACUCUGCAGAGAGGAGACCUGCACGGGGCCCCGUGCACAGGACUGGUCGAACGGUCCCCAUGAUCACAGGGCCCCGUUGCCACCGCAGGUUAUUUUGCAGGUCCUCCCUAGCACGCCCAUACCAACCCAACACUACAACUUACUCGCAUCCAAUGUCCACCCGACUUAUCUCGAUCCCAUCGGAUUCGGGGACUCGAGGCAAUGCUUAAAAGAGGGAGGAUCAACGCCACAAACACCAAUCACGGGAAAUCAUCUUGACGUGCCACGAUCUCUUGAUCCAAAUCCGAAUCUGCUUAGUCCAGAAAUUCUAACGCAAAGGAGAGGAAGCCGGAGGCCCAGUAUUUUACCGGUACCAGACAUGUUAACCAGUUCGACAUUACAUUUGCCUGGUCAAGAAUCCUUGGAUCACGAGGCUGACGAGUCGGAGGAUGAAAUGGAUGAUGAUGUUCCUUGGAGAUCGCCAAGCGAAAAGAUCGCCUUCAAAGGGAUCGUCAAGGGAUUUCCGCCAGUUUCACCCUUUAUUGGAGUCUCACCGACCUUGUGCUAUCUUCUUAAAGAGAAAAAACCACUCUGUUGCCUUCAGCUGGCUCAGGUGUGUCAGCAUUGCAGCUAUAGAAACGCCAAAGAGUACAAUUGGCAAAAUAAGACCAUUAUACUAGCAGCGGAUUACGCUAGCAAUGGAAUUUAUAACUUUAUAAUACCGUUGAGGGCACAUUUUAGGUCGAAAACAUCAUUGAAUCCGAUCAUCCUUUUGCUGGAGAGAAAACCGGAAAUCGCGUUUCUCGACGCAGUGUCCUAUUUUCCGUUAGUCUACUGGAUGCGCGGCUCUAUUGACUGCUUAGACGAUCUUCUUCGGGCUGGUAUCACUUUGGCAGAGAAUGUCGUAGUCGUAAACAAGGAACUCAACAAUUCCGCCGAGGAGGACACCCUGGCUGAUUGUAACACAAUUGUUGCGGUACAGACAAUGUUCAAAUUCUUCCCAAGUAUAAAGAGCAUAACAGAAUUGUCUCAAUCGAGUAACAUGCGUUUUAUGCAGUUCCGGGCUCACGACAAGUACGCAUUGCAUCUCAGCAAAAUGGAAAAGGUACUCCUCAGUGCUACUACCGAUGACAACUACUCCGCUGAGCCUCCGAUGGGCUCCCCGAGAGAAAAGGAAAGAGGGUCACAUAUAUCAUACAUGUUUCGAUUACCGUUCGCCGCCGGUAGUGUCUUCAGCGCCUCAAUGUUAGAUACUUUGCUUUACCAAGCCUUUGUCAAAGAUUACGUAAUAACAUUCGUAAGAUUGUUAUUGGGAGUAGAUCAAGCGCCAGGAUCUGGAUUUCUUACAUCGAUGCGUAUCAUGAAAGAUGACAUGUGGAUAAGAACGUACGGCAGAUUGUAUCAAAAACUUUGUUCGACUACCUGCGAAAUUCCAAUUGGAAUAUACAGGACGCAAGAUACUACCGUAUCUGACUCCUCGCACGGCGACUCAGACGCGGAAAGCGACACCGGCGUCGGUGUGACGUAUAAGGUGCGUCAUUCGGCGGCAGCUUCAUGCCUUGCGAAUUGCGCCACUCGUGACAAGGGUGCAUCUGCUUAUUCGGUGAGUCUUGGCGACGAGGCGCGCGACAACCACGCGCAGCAAAUCGAACGGGCGGAAAUUGCGAAUCUGGUGCGCUCGCGGAUGGAAUCGUUGAACCUGCCGGUCGCCGACUACGAUGACGUGUCGGAGAAGCGUAACAGCCUCUCCUAUGUAAUCAUCAACCCGAGCUGCGAUCUGAAACUCGAGGAGGGUGACAUUGUCUACUUGGUGCGACCCAGUCCGUUCUCCGCGCAGAAGACUUUCGAACGGCACAACUCUCGACGCAAGAGCAACAUCAGUUUCUGCUCGGCGCAGCUGGUGUCGCAGAUGAGCGCAGCGGUCGCGGCCGCUGGUCUACAAACCGGCGGCGGGCCGGGUAGUCGUCGCGGUUCCAGCAUAGGUUUGGCCAGACCGCCACCCCUGGGUACGACCAAGUCAAAUUCACUGUCUCUACCCGACAGUCCUACCGUGGCCGGCACUCUGCGCGGUCGCUCGAACUCGUUGAGAGUGGUCGACGAUAUCCUGCUGCGACGCAGUAAUUCCCUGAGGCAGGGCUUGACGACGACAACUAGGCGUAAGAGCAGCCUGGAAGAUAUCGGUCUGGGUGCACUUUCACAUCAUUCCAACCACAACCCGAUCAAAAUCGCCUUGAAUGGCUCAAUUGGUCUGGAGGUGACACCGCCGGAGGAGGGCUCGCAGGCUGGCGGCGCUACCAAUACCGGUAUCCUUGACGUAGGACUGCCCUCCAUGCCGGAACUUAAUGCGGCCUUGGGACCCAGCCUUGGCGCGGGUCUUGGCGGCUCCUUAGGUGGUCUCUACGAUCCACCCUCUCUUCAAUGCCCGAUGGGCUCGCCCUGCCAAUCGCCGCAGUUGCAGGGUACCACACAAGACCCACAGCACAUACAAGGAACAAUAGUAUGAUAUAACCUAAUGUGGGGACGCAGGCUCUCCGGCGUGACACGAAAUAAGUGGCUGUAGCGUUCCCACAUGGCGUUUAGACCUGGGCGACAUCAAGAAUAACGUAACAGAUCGAUAGAGGAUAUUUGAGCAGUAUAUUUCGUGGGACUAAGCCAGAUGAAUGAGACGUUUGGAGAGCAAGGUGUUUGGAUGAAAUUAUAACUACAUUUGAUUGGUGACUAUUGCAAGCGUCAGAUGAUAUUUUAUAUUAGGUGAAAUAAGUUGGGAUGAGAUUAUUUCAAUAAAUUAAACUUAGUUUUGACUUAAAAAAUGUAUUUAUGUAUUAUAAUUCUGUUAUAGUCUUUAAAUGUUAAUACAUAAAUUUUAAAUGCAAGUACAAAAAUGUUAGCAGAUAAAUAAUUCACAGUUAUCAAUACAAUUCAUUAAUGUUGAUAUUUAAUUUAUUCAAAUUAAUUUAUCAAUUAUUAAUAUUUAAAGAUAUAAUUUUUUAUGAAAUAAUAAUUAAUAUUAAACAUUAUAUUCUCUUUAUUUUAGUAUUAGUUUAGUUUUAUAUAUUGUUGAAUUACUCCCAUCUCAAUUUACGAUAUUUUUCUUUUUUUGCUUUUAAAUGGCGAUUUAUGACAAUUCGUGGACCCAAACGAAGGUAUAUCAAAUCGUAAUUGUAAUACGACCCAUUGAUUCUCUGAAGAGCAUGCUUUCUAUUUAUGGAUCUCGUUGGAGAUCUUUUAAUGCUACCACAAUCGUUGAUGAAGAAUCGCGUCAGUCAAAAACGAAUAUGCGCCACUUUAUCAUUAGAAGGCGAUGUUGCGAGCUUCAGAUGAUAUCAUUUAGAUGAUUGCGAGUUUCAUAUUUCGAUAUUUUACUUUUAUAAUUCGUACCACACUAGCAGCUAAUUUUUAAAACGUUUUGCUCUCUAGAUCGCCUCUAGCGUACCGACAUCCGUGUCUACGGCUUUAUUCAUCGGGCAGUAAAUCGUAUAAAGUUAAUGCGAAAUGGCAUUAAAAAGACGCUUUGCCUGACGGCUAACAAGCAUAUAUUUUGAAUUUGUGACUUGAGCGUAAUAUUAUUAUACAAUUUGUUGCAAAUUAACAUUAUUUUUUAAAAUUACGAAAUUAGUUUAAAAUUUAAAAAACUUUGUUCAAGUUGAAAAUAUAACAAAAAUUGCUGUAAAUCUUGUUUAUUGUCGACUAUUUUUUUCGAACGAGAGAGAAAUAAAGAUUUUUUAAUUAAAUAAUUGAUUUAUAUAUACAGUUAUAUCAUAUAUAAUUAAUAACUUUUUAAAUAAAAUCACGAUUCAUAAUAAAUGCUUGUGUCCGUUGUCUUUCAUACGUUCUUGAGAUAAAUGAAAUGAGAACAUAACAGGAAUGUUCUAUAACGCAUUCCUCGGUUCUUACUUAGCGUCGCGCUCAGCGAUCGAGCGCGAAUAAUUUUAUAAUAGAGAGAAAAUUUACGUCGAGAAAGAAUCUAUUAUAUAUAUUAUAUAUAUAUAGAGAGAAAGAGAGAUAUAUAUACGAUGUAUGACCAUUUUAAUCAUAUCACGCGAGAGUGCCGCUCACGCGGAAGUCAUCAUUAUAUCCUAGGUAAAUAGAAGGAAUAUUUUAGAAAGAUUUAAAUGCUUAGGACACGCGCGUAUAUUAUCAUGACUUUUCGCGUGAAUAAUAAAGCGUCAAUGGAUUUUAAUGUCGAAUCGCAGGACGAUUGUCGACCUUCGUGACAACGCCGAGAUUUACGGCCGAUAUUUCAAACCAAUAUAGACAAAAAUCGUAUCGUGAAAAUUACGUGAUAGAUGAGAAUCGAUCGCAAAUGAAUCACAUGAAGACUAUUACUAUUAUUACCUUCUCCUCCUUCUUAUUCUUCUUAUUCUUCUAUUACUACUUACUCUUGAAUUAUUUUCAGCCUUGAUCCAUAAUUCGGAUAUUAUAAAGUUAGUUAUCGUUAGCAAGUGAGUACAAUUGUUCUCGCUUGAUAAUUUAACAAUCCGUUUGAUUAGUUAGUUGAAUUCGAGUGAGUCGUCAUUCGCGACUCAAGAAAGGUUGCAUCAACUGGAUAUUACCUGUGGAUAUUACCUAACUAUGAAUGAUAUAUUUCUUAUUCUUUUCCAGAUUAUCAUCAUCGUAUGAUGAUGUCGACAAGACAGAAUACAACAUUAUAAAAGUUUAAACAAUAUUUUAAAAGAUUUUUAAAAUGGCAUCUACAAGAUUACCAAUAUAAUCUGAGCAAAUAUAAGUGCAUUACAGUUAGCCAGUUGGUGCAACAGUUGGUGGAAUAGAAUUUAAUCUUUGACGUGAUGCCGCAAUUGCGAUGCUCACAGCCAAAUGCAAUCGUUCGUUGACCAAUUUACACUUUUCUUCGACCAAUCGAGUCAUAUUAUCGAGUACCUGCUUCGAUAUUGCUUUUAUUAAAUCUAGUCAAUUCGGUGCUGUUAAACGCGUGAUCAGAAAUCUAUUCCGCGAAAUAACUUCAGAGAUUAUUAUUUUGUAUUUUAUUACUUUUUUUUAUACAAAUAUGCGUUCUAAAAAAAUUUUUUAAAUAGUUAAAGUUUGCAAUGCAAAUGAUAAUUGCAUAAAACAGUAUUGAUAAUAAUAAAGCAUUUGUUCGAUUAAUUAAUAUUCAAAAUUAUUAAUUCUCAAGUAUUAUUUGAUUUUUACUAGUUAUACAGAUUAGGAAGCAAAUUAUGUUAUUAAUGCGACAUACUACACAGUGUGUGUGUAAUAGAUUUAAUUUUAUUAUAACAAUUAUAAAAAUUCAUAAAAAUUUAAAUAUUUUUAAGAGCGCAAAACACAAAAUAUUAUAGAAAACCAGUUCGUGGAAUAGAUCAGACAUGUUCUAACGUCAAAGUAAACGACAAAAUAGAUAUGAUAAUGCUUUUGGGCGGAACCGAGAUGAGACAGAAAUGCACUUUAUACAAAAUCAAAAUGUAAGAUAAGUAACGCGCUAUGUUUCUUUUCCUUUGGUCUUGUCACCCGAUUAAGAAUGUCGGAAUUAUCGUAUUACGUUAUAGAAUCAUUGUCGUUCUACUAUUUAAUCGAAGCAAAAUUGGCAGUUUUACACAGAGAGAAAUGUUUCUUUAGAAUUAACAAAUUAUCUUAAAUUCACAGAAAUUUGUGUAAUAGAAUAGUCCAGUCAAUUCAAUGUUUGAUUUAAAAAGUGCAAUUGUCUGAGUUUUUAAGUAAUAUGUAUCUUUAUCUUAAAGUAAAUAUUUUUGAAAUAAUUAAAUUAUAAAAUUUUUGUUUUAUUUAAAUAUUUUUAUUUUAAUGAAAAUAUUGUAUUACUUUAUUUUAAUUAUAAUUUACAUUAACCAAGUGGGUCAUUUCAGUAAAACUAUGAUGAAACUAUUAUAUUAUUUUACUUAUAAUUUAUUGAUAUGAUAUUUAAAAAAAUUUUUUUUAAUUCCUGAAAAAAAGUCAAUGUAUUAAGGUUUUUAUAAAUAAUGUGCACUGUUGUGAGAAGAUAUAAAAUUUCAAAUAAUCGUGUUUUUUCUGCCAAACAAUACGAUUUAAUGCAAUCAAAUUAAAAAAAUGUUAUUCAAUGAAAUAAUAUUUUAUUUAAAGUUAUAUUAUUUUUCUUUGUUGAAAUAAAUAUAAGCCAAACAAAUAGAGAUAUUAAAUGUAAAGUAAGAUUUUUCUUUGUCCAACAUCUGGCCGCCCACACAUGUUUGAAUCUUUAAUCAAAUCAUUUUCUCUCACCCUGAACCGUUCUUUUUCUUCUGUCAGCCUUUCUUUUCUCUUCGAUUAGUAUUGAGGUCUUCAUCGACGAAAGUUGACUUUUAUACGUAGAUAUCAUGUGAGCGAAUUAUCUUUCGGAAAAGGAUGGUGAAGGAUUUUUUAUGUAGGAAGUAGAAAGAUUUCUGCAUUCAUAUUAAGAACACGAUUUAGAAUCGCGAUUUCGUCUUAAACGAACAGACUUAGAGAAGCUCGGCAGUUUUAUAUAAUUUUGUUAAGCAACUAAUUGACAGAGAGAAAGCCGCCCAACUACCCUUGAAUUAUCGUUUUGACACGCUUUAAAAUAGCGAGAAGAAACAAAAAUUGUUUGUCGUAUUGCGAAGCUUUCUAUUUCCAAUUAAAAAUUUAUUGCUCAAGUUUCUGAGACUCCCGAACUCCUUCUUCUUCACUUUAAGAGAAAUUUCCGAAUUUGAGAAUACUUUUAGGUGAUAGUGUAUUAUGUAUGAAUUAUUGUAUCACGUCUAAAUUUCUUGUGUUUAUGUGAAAAAAGUGUUUUAAUGGAAAGAUUACAUUGUAAGAUUGUGCGAAAAGAAUUAUCCUAGUGAGUCAUCAAAGGUGUCCACGAUCCUCAUGGACAUAGAUUACAGAGAAUAAAACGGUUAUUCGGAGUAUAUACAUACACUUAUAAUUAAAUAUAGGAUGAAACCCAAUAUGAUGUGACCUGACUCUUCAUAGCUGAAUUCAAUAAUCUAUAGUAUAUCACGUUACAAUUUAAUGCAGCAAAGUCACGGCGAUUUCUCGCUAUGUGCUUGCUGCUCUCGAGGAAGAUCGUUUGAACUACGUCUCGAAUGAGGGCGCGAUCGAUUCCGCGAAACUUUGCAUGACAACCUUCUUACAAUAUGCAAGAAUUUAACUUGCGCAUACAAUUCUUGCACAGUGUAGGAUAAAUACAACGAUUUAUCGUGCGUACAAUAUGCGUUUGAAACUUUUUGAAAAGCAGAAUAUUGAAUUUUAUUUAACAUAUUCAAAUAUGUACGUCUCUAUUUAUAUUAAAAGAUGUAAAGUCCGCGAGAAUAAAGAAAAUUUGAGUUGUAUAUAAGAACAUAAUUUAUUGUUAAUAUAGAGCAUUGGUAAUUAAUUUAUAAUAACUUGAUUUUUUGUUAAAAGAAUAAAUUUAUAAUUUUUUCUUUAGCAAAAUUUGAUCUUUCAGAUGGACGAAAUGCAUUAUUGAUUUCCUAGUUUUUCUCGUUCUGAAUACUAACAUCCAUACUCAUCAAUAAUCAAGCUUCUUUUUUUAUCUUUAGAACUCAAUGUUUUAUGACAAUUUUACUCAUGUUUGAACUUUAUAAGGCUGUCUUAAUAUAGAAAUUAUUUCUCACAUUUCGUGAUGUAAAACUCGAAGAGCACAAGUUUUUCUUAAAAUUUAUAAAAUCGCUUGUCAGAGUUCUCGUGCCUUUAUAACUCGAGAGUACAUCAUUGAGCGUCUGCAAAUUUCCUAAAGGUUUUCGUGUACAAUUAACUUUUUGCAAAACAGUGUUUACACUAAACUGAUUCUUCGGAUAAUUUUAUUAUAAUCUGAUACAGUCAGACGAUUGGGUUCGUAUUUUCUCCUAAAUUUAGUGCAGCAUUUAGAUUAAUUAUCUGAUUCUGAAGUUUACUUACUUGACAGCUUCCGUAUUGCUUUAAUCAAUGUAGAAAUGAGAAUCAAACAGUUAUUCAAUAGUCAAAUAGUUUAAUAGUAAAUAUAUGGUGAAAAUGCGGACCACUGUUUUUUUCUUUUACCAUUCUUGCAUGAUAACGAUGUACGUUUAAUUUCAAUAAAUACUUGCUUAUCAAUAUUUAUAUCAAAUAUUUUAUGUAGCGUAUUCUCUUUAAAAAUCUUUAAAAGUAUGCAUAAAAUUAAUCAUAUUAUUGACAAAACAGAAAAGAGACUAAUGCGUGCUUUGUUUCUGAUUAAAUUAAGCACCUUGUUUUUAAUAAUAUUCACUCUCUCUUGUGUUUUAAUUACGAUUAUUUUACAAAAAUUAUAUCAAUUUGUCGAUUAGAAGUAACUAUAUUUGAAAGCGCAAAUUUUGUUUUCCACUUUGAAGAGAGGCGCAUGUAUUUUAUCGCGGAUGCACCGGAUAUCACACAAGUUCCUUCAAAAGUCUAAGUAAGAGCUUGGUGCACCUCGAAAGAGCUCUCUUCGAAUAGCGUGAAUCUUACGGAAAUGUCCAGUUGAUUCUUAAAAUAAGAUUUAAAUAAUUAAGCAUUCCUCGACCACAAAUACAAUUGUAAACGGCUGUACGUAAUGUAAAAUAAUAAAAUCAGAAAACAGAGAAAGAGAGAAAGAGAAAAAAAUGUAUCUAUAUAUACAUAAAAAAAAUAUAUAUACAUAUGCAUAUAUAUACUAUAUAUAUGUGUGUAUAUAUGUAUACAUAUAUGAAUAUAUGCGACGUUGUAACGCAAUGCGUGCGAUGUGCAUGUAAAUUUAUUAUAAAUAAAUUAUUAUAAAGCAGUAAA